GAGCUGAAGGGGGGACAAUACCGUCCGAGUGUGCGUCAAAGCCGAGGACGCGAGCGGAGGAGACAAGUACAAAAGGACAGAGUCGAGGUGUCCAAGUUGCCGCGCCGCGCCGCCUCGCGCCGCGCCGCGCUGCGCUCGAUGGCUUCGCUACUUGGGAACAGCAGCCGCGCGUCCGCGGCUCCGGGCGGCCAGGUCAAAUGCAAGCUGAAGCGGCGGCGGAGGAGGCGCUCCAAGAGAAAAGAGAAAGUCAGUAUGCUGUCGGCAUUGAUCGCGCCCUUCAAGUACAUAAGCCCCGGGACCAGCAGCACGGAGGACGAGGACAGUUUAAGCACCAGCAGUGCGGAGGUGAAAGAAAACCGGAACGUCGGGAACUUGGAGGACCGCUCGAUAGGAUCCGGGGAGUGCCAGGCGCUGUUCUGCUCCGAGUCCACCAGGAGCGGGAGCUCCGGCCUGAAGAGGAAGCGUCCGCUGGAGGAGGACAACAACGGCCACCUGUGCCAGCUCCGUCUCAUCUAUAAGAAGCUGUCCUGGUCCGAGGCGCCCAAGAACGCCCUGGUGCAGCUGAACGAGCUCCGGCCGGGCCUGCAGUACCGCAUGGUGUCGCAGACGGGUCCCGUCCACGCUCCGGUCUUCUCCAUCGCCGUGGAGGUCAACGGGCUGACCUUCGAGGGGACGGGUCCCACCAAGAAGAAAGCCAAGAUGAGGGCUGCAGAGAUGGCCCUCAAGUCCUUCGUCCAGUUCCCCAACGCCCCUCAGGCCCACCUGGCCAUGGGAAACAUCUCCAACCCCGCGGCCGACUUCACCUCGGACCAGGCCGACUUCCCCGACACGCUCUUCAAAGAGUUCGAGUCCUCGCCGUGCUCCGACGGCCUCUCGCUGUGCGCCGCGGCCGCCGAGAGCGAGCUGCUGUCCAGCGAGCUGCUGAGACACGGCCGGCUGCUGCGCCACACCCUGGACCUGAUGGUGCAGGCCCAGCAGAGGCUGGGCGGCAUCGUGCCGGAGCCCGACGGCCCCAAGAGCCCCGUGGCCCUGCUCAACGAGCUGCGGCCGGGCCUGCGCUACGCCUGCCUGUCGGAGCGCGCCGAGGGCCGCAGGCUGCGCAGCUUCGUGAUGGCGGUGCGCGUGGACGGCCGGAUAUUCGAGGGCUGCGGUCGCAGCAAGAAGCUGGCCAAGACCCAGGCGGCCCAGUGCGCCCUUCAGGCCCUCUUCAACAUCCGGACGGCGCCCGAGGGGAGGACGGGCCUCAAAGCCAGCAGGAAGACUUGUCCUCAUUUACCCCAGGACUUUGCCGAUUCAAUAUUCCACUUGGUGAGGGAGAAGUACCGGUCGCUGGUGGGCGGCUGCAGUCCUGCGCACGCUCGACACAAAUCCCUGGCAGGCAUCGUAAUGACCCGAGGUCUGGACCUGAGGCACGCCCAGGUGGUGGCGCUCUCCACGGGCACCAAGUGCAUCAACGGGGAGUACCUGAGCGACCAGGGCCAGGUGGUGAACGACUGCCACGCCGAGGUGACGGCCCGCCGGGCGCUGCUUCGCUUUCUCUACUCGCAGCUCGAGCUCUUCUUGAGUAAAAGACCAGAGGACUGGGAGGAGUCCAUAUUCGUGCGCCACAAAGAGUUCAGCUACCGACUGCGAGACAACGUCCACUUCCACAUGUACGUCAGCACGUCGCCGUGCGGAGACGGGAGGCUCAACUCGCCGUACGAGAUCUCCACCGACUUGCACAGCAGCCGGCACCUCAUGAGGAAGCACCGGAGCCACCUGCGGACCAAAAUCGAGUCUGGCGAGGGGACGGUGCCGGUGCGAUGCCGGGGCGCGGUGCAGACCUGGGACGGCGUCCUGCAGGGGGAGCAGCUCAUCACCAUGUCCUGCACCGACAAGAUGACCAGGUGGAACGUCCUGGGCCUGCAGGGGGCGCUGCUGAGCCACUUCGUGGAGCCGCUGUACCUGCAGAGUGUGACGGUGGGCAGCCUGCGGCACACGGGGCACCUGAGCCGGGUUCUGGGCCAGCGGCAGGAGCGCCUGGGCCCCCUGCCCCCCACCUACAGACGGAACCAGCCCCUGCUCAGCGGGCUGAGCAGCACCGAGCACCAGCAGCCGGGGAAGGCCUCGUGCGUGAGCGUCAACUGGACGCUGGGCGACGCCCAGCUGGAGGUGGUCAACACGGCGACGGGGCGGCGGCGCGACUCGGGCACGCCCUCGCGCCUCUGCAAGCACGCCCUGUUCACCCGCUGGAACCGGCUGCACCGGAAGCUGGGGAUCCACGUGUCCGACUCGGCGGACAGCCAGAUCAUGUACUGCGAGGCCAAGAUGGCGGCGCGUCCCUACCAGACAGCCAAGCAGCAGUGGUUCAAGUCCCUGCAGGAGACGGGCCUCGGCACCUGGGUCAAAAAACCCCCGGAGCAGGAACAGUUCCUGCUGUCGGUGUGAGGAAGAGUGUGUGUGUGUGUGUGUGUGUGUGUGUUUAACCUUUAUUUUUUUAUGAGAACACCACUCAACGAUUCACACCCUCAUACCUGUUGCAGGGUAAGGCCAUCACCCCGUGUGUGUGUGUGUGUGU